CCACUACCGGCUUCUGGGCCUAGGCUGAGAUCACGUGAUAGGUGGUGCUAUCACCUGACUUCUUCAUCCACAUCCCUGCUCGGUCUCUCUCGGGGGCUAUAGCGGUCGCUUGAGGACCGACACCCAGCUUCCGGUCGCCUUCUCCCCCUGUCUCAGGUCCCGGGUUCUUAUUCUGUUGUUGUUGUCGCCGCCAUCAUGACAUCCUUCUCGGAGCUGUACUUCAAUGUAGACAACGGGUACCUGGAAGGGCUAGUCCGGGGAUUCAAGGCCGGCAUCCUGUCUCAGGGAGAUUAUCUGAACCUGGUUCAGUGCGAGACCCUGGAGGAUUUGAAGUUGCACCUCCAGAGUACAGACUAUGGGACCUUUUUGGCCAAUGAAGCCUCGCCCCUGGCAGUUUCUGUUAUUGAUGACAAGCUGAAGGAGAAGAUGGUGGUGGAGUUCAUGCACAUGAGGAACCAGUCGUAUGAACCACUUGCAAGCUUUUUGGACUUUAUCACUUACAGCUAUAUGAUUGACAAUGUGAUACUGCUGAUAACUGGCACACUUCAUCAGCGAUCUAUUUCUGAGCUCGUACCCAAGUGUCAUCCGUUGGGAAGCUUUGAACAAAUGGAAGCGGUCAACAUUGCCCAGACACCCGCAGAACUCUAUAAUGCCAUUCUUGUUGACACUCCAUUAGCUGCAUUUUUCCAGGACUGCAUAUCGGAGCAGGACCUUGAUGAAAUGAACAUUGAAAUAAUUAGGAACACUCUUUACAAGGCUUAUUUGGAAUCAUUUUAUAAAUUCUGCAAAGCAUUAGGAGGAACGACCGCAAACGCUAUGUGUCCAAUCCUUGAGUUUGAAGCUGACCGAAGGGCAUUUAUAAUCACAAUUAAUUCAUUUGGCACUGAACUUUCUAAAGAAGAUCGUGCCAAGUUGUUUCCCCACUGCGGGAAAUUGUAUCCUGAAGGACUAGCUCAGCUGGCACGUGCUGAUGACUACGAGCAGGUCAAAACAGUAGCUGACUAUUACCCAGAGUACAAGUUGCUGUUCGAAGGUGCGGGGAAUAACCCUGGUGAUAAAACACUUGAAGACCGUUUCUUCGAGCAUGAGGUAAAGUUGAACAAACUGGCUUUUCUGAAUCAGUUUCACUUUGGUGUGUUCUAUGCCUUUGUGAAGCUGAAGGAGCAAGAAUGCCGAAACAUUGUGUGGAUCGCAGAGUGCAUCGCGCAAAGGCACCGGGCCAAGAUUGAUAAUUACAUUCCUAUCUUCUAGAGACAUAUAUUCCCAGCACACCUUCCUUAUCCGGGUCCCAUGGGCCCUUGCAGAUGCUCUACCUGCCUUAUGGCCUGAUCUACGUUAAGUGAUGGGUGUGACAUCAAAUUUUAAAGAUGUAAUGAAUUUUAUUUUUGUGAUGGGCAACUGGUUUUGCUGUAUUUAUGGCAAUUAACUACUGGUGGUAUUUUUUUUAACCCUUGUCACUGCCAACUAGGCCUGUCUUCCUAAUGGCAGUGCAGGAGUUAGUCAGGCUAAACCCUUUCACAUGUUUUCUGGAUAUAGAUGUAGGUGUUCCUAUGUACUCACAUAUGAUCCCUUCUGUAUGAACAGUUUAUUUCUUUUGUGAUUCUUCAGAGCUAUCUUUGUCUCCUGCUUUCUGUGAAGCAGCACGACCCUUGUCCAUAUGGAUGAAAUAUUAAUUAUAAUUUAUUGCUGAAAGGGGAAAGAUAAUCUGAUCAAUUAUAUCACCAGUGACUGUCAGCACAAAUUCACCUCUGAGAACAUAAAUCUAUAUAACAAAGAGUAUAAUAGAUGUGCUGAAGCAUGUUCAUUGUGGUCCUCUUAGAAGUAAAUUUAAAGGUGUUAGGUGUAAUAUAUUAUCUCGUACCUUUGUCACUGUAUAAUUAUAAAUGUUUACAAUAAUAAAACUGUCACUCCUGCAAGGGACUUCAUUCCAUGCAUUACAACCAGCUCUUUGAUUUUCCAAGUCCGCUUGGUGUAUUUUAAAGAAAAUCAACGAAAAGAUAUAUAUAAUAUUAUGUUAAUAUUUUUUUUAUUUUUUUUUGCCUGAGACUUCUUAUGAACUAAUGUAAAGAGAAAUGAAACCUCUUAAUACAGUAAUCUAAUUUAAAACCCAUUCCCAUUAUGCAAUUAAAGGCAUGAUGAAAAAGUGGAUUACGAUAUUAUUGUUUUCCUAAUGCAGUACACCACCCUUUCAAGGUUCCCCUUAAAGUCUUAUAUCUUCAGGAAUUUGCACUAAUGCAGUUUAACUAUACUGCAUGUUCCCACUAUUCCAAACACUUACUAGGUAAUUAAACAAUUUAAUAUAUGGAAUUGGGCUGGUAGAUCUUGCUUUUAUAAUGACUCUCUGGGUUUUGGUAAAGGCAUACAACUGACCGAUACUAUAGAAAGACUCACUCGUCCUUAGCACAUAGUGUACACGGUCUGCUUAAGGUAAGAAUACAGAUAAAAAUUCAAAUGCAUUUGCAAAUGUAGUGGUUAAAGGUUUAACCAACCUGAAACUUGUUUAAGUUUCCUCUGGGUUAGUCCUUGCAAUGGAUGUGAUCAGAUGUACCUCCACCUGUGUGAUAAAUUUGUAAUUCACUGUAACAUAAACAGACGUAUACAUGCAUUUGGCAUCUGAAAUAUACCAGUAGUUUUUAUUUAUAACUCUGGGUAAUUAUUCUAAGCGCACAAUAUACAAAUUUUAUUGAGCCUGAUCACUAUGGAAACCAGUCAAAUUAAAAGUUUAUAAUUUAGCCAUGAAUGUAUUC